AUGGGAAAUCCAACCAUAGAGAAAUUAGUAGGCUUUCCAGCUUCCAUUGUAUUGUGUGUUUAUUUGGUUUUAUCCAUAAACGUUGCUUUUGCUUCUUCUUCUAAAGAAGCAGAUGCUCUACUCAAAUGGAAAGACAGCCUGAGAGAAUCAAACAAGUCUCUUAUUUCCACAUGGGCUUACAAAUCCACCAACGUCUCUCUCAAAUUGCAUCCCAAAACAGCCCCUUGCAAUUGGUUUGGUAUUUCUUGUAACACUGCCAAAAGUGUCACAAGUAUAAACCUUUCCAAUUCUAGUUUACAAGGCACUCUCCACCAAUUUCCAUUUCUGUCCCUUCCUAAUCUCACAUAUUUCAAUCUCAGCAAUAACAAGAUCUUCAGUACCAUCCCACCCCAAAUCAGUACCCUCUCUAAACUAACCUACCUUGAUCUUUCCUAUAAUAACAUGUCAGGAAAAAUCCCACCAGAAAUUGUUAAUCUGAAAAAUCUCAAGGCCUUGUACCUUGUCGAAAAUCAGUUUAACGGUCCAUUUCCCUCGGAAAUAGGAAACAUGACAUCUCUCCUUAAAGUAGACCUGGAAAAAAACCAGUUUUCUGGCUCAAUCCCUCCAUCUCUAGGAGAUCUAAGAAGCCUCAAUUUUCUUGGCCUCUCCUACAACAGCCUUUCAGGCCCAAUUCCUGAAGAGUUAGGAAAGCUCAAUUCACUUGAGGUCCUGGAGCUAAGCGUAAAUAAGCUCAACGGUACGGUCCCCACCUCACUUGGAGAGCUGACCAACUUGAAAGUUUUAUGUCUCCGUGAGAACAAAUUUUCAGGUUCCGUCCCUCAAGGGAUAGGAAACCUCGCCAAUCUGACUGUACUCCAGUUGGACACAAACCGAUUCACCGGUUAUUUGCCCCAAAACGUUUGCGGAAGCGGACAGCUCAAGAAACUCAUAGCCUACGACAACGAUUUCUUCGGUCCAAUCCCCAAAAGCUUGAGAAACUGCACGAGCUUGUUGAGAGUUCGUCUUGAAGGAAACCGACUAACGGGCAAUGUAUCUGAAGAUUUUGGCGUCUAUCCAAACUUGGAGUACAUUGAUCUAAGCCACAACAAAUUCCACGGCGAAAUCUCGCGUAGUUGGCAACAAUGCACAAAUCUAAAAGCUCUUCAGUUAGCGGGAAACGAUCUGAGUGGCGAAAUCCCGCUUGAGAUCGGGUUUACAAGUCAGCUCCGAAAACUUGACCUGUCUUCAAAUCAUCUUGUUGGUGUAAUUCCAAAAGAGUUGCGAUUCUUGACUUCUUUGCUGAAUCUGACGCUAGGCAACAAUAAACUCUUUGGCGGAAUUCCAAUGGAGCUUGGAUCUUUGACCAUGCUCAAUUACCUUGAUUUGUCGUCCAACAGGCUGAACGGAUCAAUUUCAAGAGUUCUUUGGAAUAAUUUAUUGGACGUGAAUUAUUUGAAUUUGAGCAACAACAGAUUCAGCCAAGAAAUUCCCUUACGCCUCGGGAAUUUGGUUCGUCUGUCCCAGCUAGAUUUGAGCUACAACUUGCUUAGUGGAGAGAUACCAUGGCAAAUGAGCAAGAUGCAAAGCUUGGAGACGCUUAAUCUCUCCCACAAUCGUCUGUCCGGUUCGAUCCCACCAAGUUUUGCUAACAUGCUUGGCUUGUUACAUAUAGACAUAUCCUAUAACCAGCUCGAUGGCCCGGUUCCCAACAGCGCGGCAUUUCGAGAAGCUUCUGGAGAAGGACUAGAAGGGCUAGAAGGGAAUAUAGGAUUGUGUGGAAGCUUUGGAGGGCUCAAACCUUGCAAAAAUGUCUCGAGAAAGAACCACCUGAAAUUCACUUUUCUUAUCAUUGUUCCUGUUCUAGGAGGGCUUAUAGCCUUGUUUGUGCUCAUUGGAUUAACCGCCAUUAUUGUUGCGAGAAGAAGAAAGAGAGAAAGAGAUCGAAGGGAAGUACAAGAAGAUCAUGACACGCAAGAGAAUCAUACCGUCUUCUUUUCGGUGCUCAAUUUCGACGGAAGAGCAAUGUAUGAAGAAAUCAUAAGAGCGACCGACGAUUUCAAUCCCGUAUUUUGCAUCGGAGAGGGAGGAUAUGGAAGCGUGUAUAAAGCGAAUCUGGAACUACCAAACUUCAUGAGUUUUAAUGUGGCGGUGAAGAAACUACACCCGCCGCGUGAAGAAGGUCACAGGAGACUUCCGAAUGAGUUCUUGAACGAAAUAAGGGCGUUGCUGGAGAUACGACACCGAAACAUUGUCAAGCUUUAUGGUUUCUGCUCGCACGAACGACACUCGUUUUUGGUGUACGAGUAUGUGGCAAGGGGAAGCUUGGCGAGAAUAUUGAGAGAAGAAGAGGAGGCCAAAGAAGUUGGUUGGAAAAAGAGAGUGAAUAUUGUGAGAGGUGUGGCUCAUGCCUUGGCUUACAUGCACCAUGGCUGCUCUCCGCCUAUUGUUCACCGAGACAUUUCGAGCAAUAAUGUUUUGUUGGAUUCGGAAUUUGAAGCUCGUGUGUCGGAUUUCGGCACUGCCAAGCUUCUAAAUCCGGACUCUUCUAAUUGGACUGCCCUUGCUGGAACUUAUGGCUACAUUGCACCAGAGCUUGCAUAUACAAUGAAAGUAACGGAGAAAUGUGAUGUUUAUAGCUUUGGAGUUUUGGCUUUAGAAGUUAUGAUGGGAAAGCAGCCGGGAGAUUUCAUCUUCUCCUUGUCAUCGCAAUCGAACGGUGGAAACUCGCUAAUCAUGUCGACGUUGAUGGAAAUUUUGGACCAACGCCUCCCACCUCCUACAACUCAAGUCGAGAUUGAACUCAGGACCGUCGCAAGUGUUGUAAUUGCAUGUCUAAAUAUUGAGCCACAAUCUAGGCCAACCAUGUACGUUAUUUCUCAGAUGUUAUCGCCGCCCCAAUCCGUACACUAUUCCUAG